UACUUCAGAGAUUUGAGUUUAUUUUCAACGUAAAGUAUUUUCAAAGCAUGCACACUAUUCAUCCAUAAACUCCAUAAUAGUAAUGGAUAAUCCACAAGAGUCAAUGCGAUUUACAGGACAUUCAUUUGUAAUUACCCUUGGUCCCAGCAGGCUCGGUGGUGGGGAAGGAUGGAGCUUCGCUGAUAACGGUGGUCUCUUCACUGACGACAGUAGGACCCCCGGUAGCAUUGGGCGCAGGUGUCCCCACAUCAACCCCGGUGACGUUCUCCACCCCUGGAGCGGGAGACGGCGUUUCGUCGUGGUUGCCACUGACGGUGGUAGAAGUUAGCUGUGAGUCUAUAGCCGCAAACUCCCAACACAACAGAACAAAUAUCAACGCUAAAGCGCUCCAUUGGUGGGAAUUCAUGGCUUCACAAAAACAUUGUGAACCAUUUGUAUAGUAGCGUUCAAAAGAUUCCACAAAGACUCGAAUUUUGAAAUGCUUUGCAGUUUAGUUAGCUACGCAUGCUAAUUUUAGCAAGCUUCUCGUAACUAAGGAAGCGGUCAAUUCACCUUCCGGUGGAGGAACGUCAUUACCGUAAAACCUAUGAGAGUGGGUGCUCUGAACUUUUUGAAGUCAAGUAGACAUUUAUACGACAUGGCUGAUAGUUUAUUGCGUUCCUUGGACUAGGAAAUGGAUGAGUGAAUGAUACAUAGAUGUGUCUGGUACAACCAUACAAAUAAUUACAUGAUUUAUAUCAUAUACUUUCCCAACAACUAGGAAAGUAUAUGCAAGGAUGUUUACGUCAUGGGCUGUAAAUGCAAAUAUUUCUUUAUACAAUUGAUAUGUAGAGAGAAUUUCAUUGCAUUGUUUCAAAUUAUUUGUGUAUAUUCAACCAAUUAAUAUUAUCUAUUUAUCUUAUGGACUGUGUGAUUCCACAUUAGCUGCAUGGUAUUUAUUCUUAUCCAGUCACUCACACUAGAUUAUGUUUUCAGCAUGUUUAUCUUUAGCAGUCAAUGUUUUAUGCCGACUUGAACAGGUAUUUCAAAAGUUAAUUCUUCUCUGAGACGUUAACAGUACUCGAAUUUGUUGGUUCGUCCGAUCUGCUGUCCAUGUAGUUGAAGCAGAUAAAGGUUUAGUUGUUUUGAGGCCAGACAAAUGAAGCAUAUGACUAGUAUGCCUCAGUGGCCAUGAUGAGAUUAGCACCCUCCCGUUAUUUCCCCACAGAAGUGGAUGGAAUGUUCCCAUCUGGAUAACAUGUUGACAUUACUUAACGUCUCUCCCUUCGAAUCAUUUUUAAAUGACUCUUCGAUAUUUAAAAUGAAUUGAAAGUUCAAGGUCUGCAUUCAACUAUCAAUUGUCGUCAAGCUGCUUUGUACAAUAGUACCACUUCAUCCAUCUGAAGAGAGGAACUAAAUCAAUGACAGUGUAUUAUAAUCUGCCUUCACAAUGAGAACAUGUGCUGAGUGGCAGGAAUUGAUCAUGUGACCAGGGAUGUGUGUGAGAAGAAUUAUUUAAAAGGCAAAUUAUAUUAGUCUUUCAACAUACACGAUAGAUAUUUGAUAUGAGAGACUCCGUCAUGAGUUAUAACAACGUCAUCAUCAUCUUGUCACGUGCUUCCUAGCCUGCCAUAUAUCCUCUUUCCAUGCUUUCUGUUUACAAAUCCGGUCCAUCAGGUCUGCCGGGAUGUUUGCUUUGUAAACCUUUUCACCUCUUCCUAUUUUGUAAGAACCAAAAUGGCCACCGGGCAAAAUCGGUGCGUCAGUUUCCCCUCAUACAUUUUUUUUUUAUUGUUGUCAGAUUGAAAUCUUUUUGAGACACUUAGUGGACCUGGCAAGGCGCCCUCUGGGCAACUGGACUGGACAGUGUGGAAUGUGAGACACAAACAGAUGCCCAUAACCAGAUGACUUAUCCAGCUGACUGAACUCAGAGUUGAAGCUCUGAAAUAACUGACACUACAACCGCAAAGAAAGUCAGUGACCUUUACUGCUUCUAAGUCAGACUUUUAUGGCGUUUCAAAGAAUGGGAUCAAAGGUUUUGAGUGGCACAGGUAUCUAGAGUCAUCUGGUUUAUGCAACAAUAAGGAGAAACUGGUUAAGUAUUACAGAAAAGCCCCAGCAAACACUCCAGCCGGACAAUACCUUGUGUUAGCCCUCAUGUUACUCCACAAAUGUGAUGUUUUCUUUCUGGCCCUUUGUGUGAAGAACUAAGGACCUCCCUUUCCCCUCCUCAUGUUACAUAGGAGGAGAUUUUGAUGUCCGCUUCUUGGACAGAGAAAUCAGACGUGACUGGGCAAGUUACAUAAGUGCAUGCUGCGACCUGCUAGUCCCAGUUUGGUCGAUCACAAUCAGAUAAGACACCCGACUGAUUACAAACACACAUGGAGGCUGAAAGUUUUACGCAACGGGAAUAUCAUUUUCUCUGAGGAGCCUGCAGAGAGACUCAUGACCAGCUGAGCAAACAGGAAGGGAAGUUGGAGCAAGAGUAAAUCUCAGCCAAAGGUAACAGGACGGCUGCCGAGAAUUUUACAUGCUGGUUGUGGACAAGCAGGAGGAGACUUGAGUUGGACUUGAAACCAAAUUGAAGUGAAUGUUUGACAAAGGAUCAUAAGUCAACGGAAACACACAAAGGCGAGGAGCUUCAAAAAGAGAAUUUUUUCUGCAAAAAGAAGUCUGCCACGGCUCACCACGACAGCAACUUCUGCGUUAUGGAAGACCAGGUUUCCUAUGGGGAGGCUAUUGAGAAAGCCUCAGGGUCCAUCACCCGCUUCCCUUUAAUCCCCGUCAGAGGAGUUCCUCUCAUGAAUCAUAUUGCGUACAACUGGGACGCUGUGUGGGCUUUCCGUCCAGACCCCUCCGACCUCCUCAUCGCCACCUACCCAAAGGCAGGGACAACAUGGACUCAAGAGAUCGUGGACCUUCUUCUGAACAAUGGGGACGCAGAGAUCUGCAAGCGAGCCCCAACACCAAUCCGCAGCCCCUUCCUUGAGAUCAACUCCCCUCCUCCCAUACCUUCAGGACUAGAUCUGCUUAAGAAAAUGGAUCCUCCAAGAGUUAUAAAGACACAUCUUCCAUUCCAGCUGGUGCCGCUGGGGUUUUGGGAGAACAAGUGUAAGGCUAUCUAUGUUGCACGCAACGCAAAAGACAACCUGGUGAGCUACUACCACUUUGACUGCAUGAACCUGACCCAGCCAGAGCCCGGCCCAUGGGAGGGCUACGUCCAAAAGUUCAUGCGAGGAGAUUUGGGUUGGGGCUCCUGGUACGAUCACGUGAAAGGAUUUUGGGAGGAGAGAGAAAAGAAGAAUAUUCUCUACCUCUUCUAUGAAGACAUGAAGGAGAACCCUCGUCGUGAAGUGGAGCGUAUCAUGAGGUACCUGGACCUGUCGCUGUCUGAUGAGGUCAUCAAUCGUAUAGUGGAGCUUACGUCAUUUAAGAAAAUGAAAGAGAAUCCGAUGGCCAACUACAGCUGCAUACCUGAGAAUGUCUUCGAUCAGUCCAUCUCUCCCUUCAUGAGAAAAGGAGAAGUCGGGGAUUGGACCAACCAUUUCACACCGGAGCAGUCGAAGAUGUUUGACGACGACUAUGAAAAACAGAUGAGGGACUCCAACAUUCCCUUCAGAACAGCCAUUUAAAAGAACCUGUUUCCAAUUCCAAUCGCACAUAACCCAGCAGAGACUGGCUGAAGCGGUACCAAGAGAACAAAUCGUUAAAGCUUGGCUUGUUUAUUAUGUUUUUUUUUUUUAAUCGCAGUAUGAUGUAACAAGUAAAUAAAGCCCAGCUUCAUCCGUCAGUAA